CACGAAAGCAAUAGCUCCACCUAUUCCACAAAUGUAACGAAAAAUCCCAAAACUGGAGAGGAAGUCUUUUCAGGGAAGAGCUUCGGCAAGUGCGGAGGACUGCCAACAUAGAACAAAGAUAUGCUCUCCAUCAAUGAGCUGCCUGAGAACGUUCUCCUGGAGCUCUUCUCCCUGAUACCAGCCCGGGAGCUGCUGAGGCACUGCCGGCCAGUCUGCAGCCUGUGGCGGGACGUCAUCGACCUAGUGUCCCUGUGGAAACGCAAGUGCCAGCGGGAGGGUUUCAUCUCCGAGAACUGCGACCAGCCUGUGGCCGACUGGAAGGUUUUCUACUUUCUUUGCAGCCUCCGGAGGAACUUGCUCCGCAACCCCUGCGCCCAAGAGGGGUUCAAAUUUUGGAAACUUGAUGAGAAUCAUGGAAAUAGGUGGAAAGUGGAAAAAAUACCUAGAGACCAUGGGACCGAAUUUCCAGACUUCCAGGUCAAGAAAUGCUUUGUUACCUCCUAUGGUACCUGCCUCAAGUCUCAGCUGGUGGACCUGAAAGCUAAGGGGUAUUGGAAGGAAUUGAUGGACAAGGUGAAGCCAGACAUUGUGAUAAAGGAUUGGUUUGCAGCCAGAAGGGACUGUGGCUGCAUCUACCGUAUCCAUGUGAAACUGUUGUCAGCUACCAAGGAGGUCUUAGCUGAAUUUAAUCCAGCCCCUGUUUACAUCGAGCAGUGGAGUGAUGCUGAAUGGCAAGAGAUCUCCUAUACAUUCUCCAAUUACCCUUCAAGAGUACGUUACAUCCACUUCCAGCAUGGAGGCAAAGAUACUCAGUACUGGGCUGGCUGGUAUGGCCCAAGUGUCACCAACAGUAGCAUCACCAUCGGCCCGGAGGUCGCUAGGAAAUCCAGUCCUGCACAGGGGGAGGACUUUCGGCCUUAAGAUCCUUUCAGCAAACCUGAAGACAUCAGUUAGGAAUGGCAAAACAGAUUGAAUCUGAAUAUAAUGGAACAUGACUGUACUGUAAAUAGGGAUGGAUACGAAAAAUUCAGAGACUUAUAUGAGCUUAUUCAGGUGACACACCUCUAAUUUUGGAUAGGGAUAUAGUUCAUGACCAAUUACAGACAAAAAGGGUCAUGGGAAGUAAAAUGGACAAUUUUUAUGACAUUAAAUUAAAAUAUUGUGCAUAAACAAAACCAAUACAGCCAAAAUCAGAAAAGCAGGGAACUGGAAGGGAAAUUUUAUAGCAAGUUUUUCUGAUACAGGUCUCAUUUCUGAAAUAUAUAGGGCAGAUACCUAC